CCGGCCGGCGCCAUUUUGAAAGUGGAGUCGCCUGCCCCUGCCGCUGCCGCCGCCGUCGCUGUCGUAGCUGCCGCCGCCGCUGCUGGAGAAAGAGCAAGAGCAGGGAAGCCCCAGAGUGAAAUCCACCAUCCUGCUGGCCAGUCUGCCCGCCCCGCCUUCCUUCCUUCUCCCCCGACCCCCACCCCCUCCCCCCACAGGUGCCAUCCGCCGCCAUCCGCCCUCUCUACCCCCCCAUCCCCAGGUGAGGGGGGUGAGUUCAGGAAGCAGAGACCCCGAGGAACCCAGCAGGGUCACCAUUUGCAGCGCAACAUGGCAGGAGCUGGAGGAGGGAAUGAUAUUCAGUGGUGUUUUUCUCAGGUGAAAGGAGCAGUAGAUGAUGAUGUAGCAGAAGCAGAUAUAAUUUCUACAGUAGAGUUUAAUCAUUCUGGAGAAUUACUAGCAACAGGAGAUAAAGGUGGUAGAGUCGUCAUCUUUCAACAGGAGCAGGAGAACAAAAUCCAGUCUCAUAGCAGAGGAGAAUAUAAUGUUUACAGCACCUUUCAGAGCCAUGAACCAGAGUUUGACUACUUGAAAAGUUUAGAAAUAGAAGAAAAGAUCAACAAAAUUAGGUGGUUACCCCAGAAAAAUGCUGCUCAGUUUUUAUUGUCUACCAAUGAUAAAACAAUAAAAUUAUGGAAAAUCAGUGAAAGGGACAAAAGACCAGAAGGGUAUAACUUGAAAGAGGAAGAUGGAAGAUAUAGAGACCCUACCACAGUCACGACACUACGAGUGCCAGUCUUUAGGCCCAUGGAUCUAAUGGUUGAGGCCAGUCCACGAAGAAUAUUUGCCAAUGCUCAUACAUAUCACAUCAACUCAAUUUCUAUUAAUAGUGAUUACGAAACCUAUUUAUCUGCAGAUGAUUUGCGGAUUAAUCUUUGGCAUCUGGAAAUUACAGACAGGAGUUUUAAUAUUGUGGACAUCAAGCCUGCCAAUAUGGAGGAACUAACAGAGGUGAUUACAGCAGCAGAAUUCCAUCCCAACAGCUGUAACACAUUUGUAUACAGCAGCAGUAAAGGAACUAUUCGGUUAUGUGACAUGAGGGCAUCUGCCCUCUGUGAUAGGCACUCUAAACUGUUUGAAGAACCUGAAGAUCCCAGUAACAGGUCUUUUUUUUCUGAAAUCAUCUCCUCUAUUUCUGAUGUAAAGUUCAGCCAUAGUGGUCGAUAUAUGAUGACUAGAGACUAUUUGUCUGUCAAAAUUUGGGACUUAAAUAUGGAAAACAGGCCUGUGGAAACAUACCAGGUGCAUGAAUACCUCAGAAGUAAACUUUGUUCACUGUAUGAAAAUGACUGCAUAUUUGACAAAUUUGAAUGUUGUUGGAAUGGAUCUGACAGUGUUGUCAUGACUGGAUCUUACAAUAAUUUCUUCAGAAUGUUUGACAGGAACACAAAGCGAGACAUAACCCUAGAAGCAUCACGGGAAAACAAUAAACCCCGCACGGUUCUGAAGCCACGCAAAGUCUGUGCAAGUGGCAAGCGAAAGAAAGAUGAAAUAAGUGUUGACAGCCUAGACUUCAACAAGAAAAUACUUCAUACGGCCUGGCACCCCAAGGAAAAUAUCAUUGCUGUAGCUACUACAAACAAUCUGUAUAUAUUUCAAGACAAAGUGAAUUAGGGUUGGCAUUCCUAGCAGAAGAGCCCACUUCCUGCUUAGUUGAGAUAGUUGAAUCUAGCAUUCGUACCUAAAAAAGAGAGAGGUCCAUUGUGGCGCCCCUUUCCAGUGUUUGACAAUGUGCCAUUCGACAACACAUUUUUAUAGCUACAUGGAGAAAGCUCUGUGGAUUCAUCACUGUGGUGUUCUCCAUGUCUGCUAGCCAUUUAGGUAAGGGUAGGGCACUUUUAAUUUAAAUGACUUCUUGCACCAUCUUGCCUAAUGGACUAGAUUGGACUGUAUCAACAUUGAUUUACUCCACUUUUUAUGCCUUCCAUUGUGAUGACGUCAAACACAGUGAAAGCCUUCAGUCAUGCUUACGGGAUUUAAUUGUGUAUCCUCAUUACUGUAUCAUUUGUGGGGUACACCCCUUGCCCCUUUUUUAAAUUAAAUACAGCUCAUUCUUACUGUGGCUUGUAGCAUUCCUCCUCUUCUGGCCUCCUGGACUCUUCCCCUCAUCUCUCCUGCCCUUGCCCCCUCCACCCAUUCUUGGUGGUGGUAUAUUAAAAAAAAGAAAGAACGAAAGCACACAAAAUGAGUCAGUUUGGGGUCAGUGGUAAAGGGGGUAUAUGUUGCGAACAAAUGUUUUAAUAACAGUUGGCUGUAAUCACUCCUUGCCGUGUCUGGCACUGAAAAUAAGGAAAAAAAAAACUACUACUGAAUAAAAGUGACAAAGAAUGGAGAA